AAGGGGCGUUGUUUGAGCGUCAGUCUGUUUGAAACGGCAAAGCAAGCACUUUCCAACUGACAACUUGAGGAAACGAACGAAUGUUCCCUUUUAUAAAAACGUAAACAAAUGUCAUCAGACGAAGAAGAAACAACCAGUCCGGUCCUGCCCAAAGACUCAGACCGGGGCAGCUCUGUAUCCUCUGAGCUUCAGGUGAUAAUGAACUUGAGCCAAGUGUUGGACAAACAAAAAGAAAAGCUUGAAAAGAUGAGAACCUUCAUGCACUGGAGGCUUCAGCACGCUGAGGCCAAAGAAGAAGCUCAUGCUUUUCAGGUAGCACGGCAGCACUACAAUUUGCGGCUAAAGAAGAAAGUGUGGUUAGGCUGGCACAGCCUCAUUCAAAAACACUGGAAGGUCAUGGUGGAGCGAGCUUGUCAAUCAAAAGCUGAAGAGGUCUGCUCUCGCCUGUCUACAGAGUAUGAGGCCAAGCUAGAGGAGCACUGCAAGGCUCAAGAGAAGGCUCAGGUGGAGAUUCGCAGGCUGCGAAUAGAGCGAGAGCGCUACGAAGAGUCGAUGAAGAAAGCCUUCAUGAGGGGUGUUUGUGCUCUCAACAUGGAGGCUCUCAGCAUGUUCCAGUCCACAGAGGGACGACCAGAGCAGCCCCCCCUUCAUGAACAGCAUGAUUUUGCACCUGCUGAAGAUGAGCCUAGAUCAGCUCCACCAGCUCACAUUCAGCCAUAUCCCUCCACCUCGACAAGGUUUAGUCCAGUUCACUUCGACCACCCAGAGUCUUCUCACAGGGCACACGAUGAUGUGGUGGGAUCCAGAGCUCCAGUGUCCCACGAAGAACUACUCCCUCCCACCUCAGUGGUGCACAGCUCUCUCCCACUUGGUGGCAUUGCAAGUUCACACAAACAGGUCAGUGGUCGUAUUGUGACAGCACCUCAACAAAAACCAUCUAAGACUGUCACUGCUCGCAUCACCGCGCGGGCCAAUGUUGGUAAAUCAGCACGCAGCAACCUGCAGGUGAUGGGAGUGGCUCCACCCAUAAGCUCUGUGGUGGUGGAACGUCAUCAUCCUGUCACACAGCUCACUGUUGGACAGGCCACAUCUGCUAAGUUUCCUCGAUCGUCCCAGCUGAGACAAGCCUCCACUACAGGCAGAGCUUCCUCCAGGACACACACCAGCUCAUGCCACGUGCACUCAAUCAAAGUGGUUGACUGAUCGCACACUCGCCAUGUCUAGAUGUAGAAUUUAGUUCAUUCUAUUCAGUAACAACUGAAAACAUUCAUUUUUUUACCUGUUUUAUUGCGGCUUUACUUCGUGAACACAGCACGUUUUUCUCAGGAAAGUAGUACACAUUUUUAAGUAUUAUUGGUACAACAGCUAAGAAUAUCAAAAUGAAGAUUUUUUU